AUGUCGUCCUCCACCCUCUUCCGCAUCGCCUCGCGCACAGCACCAGUCGGCUUCUUCAGAGCUUCCUACUCUGCCCGAUCAAGAGUCGUGGCGCCCAUCUUCGCUUCCGCAGCUGCUCCCGCCAUUGUCGCCUUUGGGGGAAUCCACAGCUUCAGCUCGUCUUCGAAAUGCUCCAGCGCAGCUAUGGGACAUGAGGAGGAGACCUUUGAGGAGUUCUCUGCCAGAUAUGAGAAGGAAUUCGAUGCUGUACAGGAUGUCUUUGAACUUCAGCGAAAUCUUAACAACGCCUUCGCCUACGAUCUCGUACCCUCCGUCAGCGUCAUGACCGCUGCCCUCAAGGCUGCCCGCAGAGUCAACGACUUCCCUACCGCCGUAAGAAUCUUCGAAGGCAUCCGAGCCAAAGUCGAAAACAAAGCCCAAUACGAAAUGUACCUCCAAGAACUCAAGGGUCUACGGGAGGAACUUGGUGUCACACUCCAGGAGGAACUAUACCCCCAAGAGCAGAAAUAA